AUGGGUUGCUGCUAAAAUCUUCCUUUAAAGGAAACUGAAACUAUUGUAAUGCCUCAAUUAAGCAUUAAAUAAGAAUUCUCUCCAAAAACUUUACAAAUGGAGCCCUUCUCUUUAAAUUUAAUUAAAGGAGAUAUCGAUUGUAUAGAGAGGUUAGGCAGCACUUGUGCCGAUAAUAUUUUAGGUGAAAAAUAAUAAAGUAGAGUGGAGAGAUAAUAAAGUGUAUAGAUAAAAGGAGAAGUCAUAAUUGAUUUGAGGUAGGCUCCAAGUCCAUCUUUGCUGAACAAGGAUCGAAGCAGUAGAAAUCUUAACAAUAAAUUUAUCGGGAUGCUAUGA